AAACAGAGAGUAGGAGGCACAACCGCCUGAGCGACCCAGGUGCCCCUCCUUGAAGUCAUCUUUACGGACGUCUUAGGCCUCCAGGACCCAACCGCUGCCUGCAGGUGCACCACCAUGGACGGGGGGUGGCCGCUCUGCUGCCGCCCGCUGCUGCGGGUCUGCGCCCUCGUGUUCCUGGCCACCGCCACCCUCCUGGGGCACGUCCUGCUCCACGAUUUGUUGGUGGUCCCCCGAGAGCAGCGUGGCCCCUCCCCUGCACCUGAGGGGCUAUACCGAGCUCACCAGCAGGGAGCCGGCCAGCGGGGCCCCCAGGCCACCCCAGGGCACCGUGGCAGCCCCAGAGCAGCGCCCCCACAGUGCGACGUGCCCCCCAACAGCCGCUUCGACUGCGCCCCGGACACGGCCAUCACACGGGAGCAGUGUGAGGCCCGGGGCUGCUGCUACGUGCCCGCCAGGCGGGGGCCCCGGGUUCCCCGCAUGGGGCAGCCCUGGUGCUUCUUCCCGCCCAGCUACCCGAGUUACAAGCUGGGGAACCUGACCACCACGGACACAGGCUACACGGCCACCCUGACUCGCACCGCCCCGACCUUCUUCCCCAAGGACAUCCUGACCUUGCGGCUGGAUGUGCUGCUGGAGACGGAGAGCCGGCUGCACUUCACGAUCAAAGAUCCCGCCAACAGGCGCUACGAGGUGCCGCUGGAGACCCCGCGUGUCCGCGGUCGGGCCCCGUCCACACUCUACAGCGUGGAGCUCCUGGAGGAGCCCUUCGGGGUGGUCCUGCGCCGGAAGCUGGACGGCCGGGUGCUGCUGAACACGACGGUGGCGCCCCUGCUCUUCGCGGACCAGUUCCUGCAGCUGUCCACCUCUCUGCCGUCGCGGCACAUCUCGGGCCUGGCCGAGCGUCUCGGCUCCCUGAUGCUUAGCACCGACUGGACCAAGAUCACCCUGUGGAACCGGGACAUUGCCCCCGAGCCCGACCUGAACCUGUACGGGUCCCACCCUUUCUACCUGGUGCUGGAGGAUGGUGGCCUGGCACACGGGGUCUUCCUGCUGAACAGCAACGCCAUGGAUGUGGUCCUGCAGCCGAGCCCGGCCCUCAGCUGGAGGACCACCGGGGGGAUCCUGGACGUGUACGUCUUCCUGGGCCCGGAGCCCAAGAGCGUGGUGCAGCAGUACCUGGAGGUUGUGGGUAGGCCCGGUGUGGACGCCGUGUUCUCAAGCCUGGGGCGCCGGCCCUGA